AUGACUCUAAGAGCUGCAAUUGAGCUAGACAUCUUCAAUAUCAUUGCCAAUGCAGGUUCUGAAGCUCAACUUUCUGCAGCUGAGAUUGUUGAGAAGAUCCCAACAACCAAUCCGAGUGCGGCUAUCACUUUGGACCGGAUACUAAGGCUGCUCAGCGUAAACUCUCUCUUGUCAAUGUCUCAAAGGCCAUGCCAAAGUGGGGAAUAUGUCACACAUCAGGAAAUGUGCUAUGGCCUAACACAGUUAACUCGUCACUUAGCAACUAAUAAGGACGGAGUUUCCUCGGCCUCGACGGUACUCUUUUUAAGUGAAAGAAUGAUGGUUGAACCCCUAUACAUGCUUAAGAACAUGGUGCUUGAACCAGAGUGCAAGCCUUUCUACUCUACCUAUGGUGCAAAUUUUUAUGAGCACAUGGCAAAGGAGCCAAAGUUUGAUAAACUAUUCCAAGAAUUUAUGACACAUAGCGCAAAACUAUUCUUGAAUGAGGUACUUAAGGUGUAUCGUGGCUUUGAAGAGGUAAAGGAGUUGUUGGAUGUAGGGGGCGGCAUGGGAACUUCUCUUGGGAACAUAAUUUCUAUGUAUCCCCACAUUCAUGGAAAAAAUUUUGACUUACCCAAUGUAAUUAGUGUUGCGCCCAAGCUAUCAGGUGUGGAGCAUAUCAGUGGAAAUAUGUUUGAAUCUUUACCAAGAGCUGAAGCAAUUUUAUUGAAGUGGAUACUCCAUAACUGGGAUGAUGAACACUGCAAGAAGUUGUUGAAAAAUUGUUGGGAAGCAUUGCCAAUUCAUGGGAAAGUGAUAGCAUUGGAAACUCUAAUCCCUCAAGCAUUGGGAAACGACUUCACCUCAGUGAAUACAAUAAUUGAUGACUUCUACAUGAUGCUCUUCCAUGAGGGCAAGGUUCGAACAUUAGCUGAAUUUGAGACCCUAGGAAAAGCUGUAGGGUUUGCUCAAACAAAGAUAUUCGCGAUUGGUCAAGGCAUUAAUGUUAUUGAAUUUCUUAAAAAUUAA